UAAAUGACCAUUCGACAUAAUAAGCGGCCAUCGUCUCAAGCGUUGGAUGAUGCAGUGGCCCAAAGUAUCCGAGAUUUCAGUGACCCAAUUGAAAUCGAAGAGGAGCUUUUAGUCAGAACAGAGCAGCCAACGACACAAAUGAGCAUUUUACCUGAUGUGAGCAAAUCUUCAAAACUCGCGAACGAAAAGAUUCAAAGAAAACACAAAACGAACGUAUCACUUGCACUCGCAGGGUCCAUUUUGAACAACGUUUCAACCCUUCAGUUGAAAACAUUACUUGCUGGUCAAAUUGGCAGGUACUGUGCUAUAUUCAGAAUAGUGGAAAUUGUAAUUUUUGACGAUCAUGACGCAGGUAGUGGCUAUGUAGAUUCAACGAAAGAAGCGUGUGCCUUAAUGCGGAAACUUCUUGAGUAUCAGGUUAUGCCGCAAUAUAUGAGGAAAUCUUUGUUUGGAAUCGAUCAAGAUUUGGCGUUUGCGAGUUUGCUUCACCCGUUGGCUACCCCACAUCAUAUGAAAAUGGACGAUUUUUCGAAAUACCGCGACGGACUAACAUUGGAUCGGAAAUCAGCGGGUGGUUUUACUAUGGCAAAUUGCGGAUUGGGUAGCGACGUUGUUUUAGAUCGAAAAUUGAAGCCAGGAAUUUGCGUGACUGUUAAAUUCGAAAAAGAUGAUUGGGAAAAUGGAGAAAUUGUUUCACCUAAAGAACCUUUCAAAAACGGCUACUAUUGGGGCUAUUCUAUCAGAACAGCUAAUUGCAUGGAUGAUAUAUUUUGCCAUCCAAAUGGCGAUAAAUAUGAAUUGGUUCUGGGAACUUCUGACAAGGGUGAACUACUCUCGGACAUAAACCUCCCGGAUGUUAAAACCAUGUUAAUUGUGGUCGGAGGUGUCCAAGGAUUAGAGUUUGCGUUCGAAAACGACGAGAAAAAUGCGAGCUCAGAUUGUGCGACUAACUUUGAUUUCUACGUGAACUGUUGUGCUAAUCAAGGCAGUCGGACUAUUAGAACAGAAGAAGCCUUGCCUAUCAUUUUAACUUCUGUUAAUGAGAAAAUUAACUUCUUGUGAUUUG